GGUGGGACAAAAAAAAUAUAUAAACACAAAUUGGAAACUGUUGUUUAUGUAUUAGAGUCUAAUGAUAUUGUGAGAUAAACGCAAAACCUGGAAACCAAGUAAAGUAUUUUUCUUUUGGCUAUUUUGUCUUUGAUUUUGGAAGAUAGACAUGAGUGGUGCUUGGGGCAGGUGGCAAAAAUGGAAUAGUAGCAAAUUCGAGUGGGUGAGCACUUUGCUUGAGCAAAAGCCUUUGCAGUUUGCAACGAGCAAAGGAGUCUUGGUUCUGGGACUGAGAGGCUGCCAAAACUAUCAAUCAGUACCCGAAAAUGAGUGACCCUCGAAACCCAAAUCCUCCUCCAACUCCAUCUACUUCUACUUCCACUAAAAUUCCAAAUAAAAUCAACAACGGCCAUGCCAACGCCAACACCAGCUUCAAUGGACAGAAGGUUCAUUUUCCGAAUCCGCCCGACCCGACCAACCCUGACCCGGCAACUCUGAGGGAGCAAUGGAGGUUCGCCAUAAAGCAGUACAGCAGAUGGUACGCUCACGCAUGGGGAACUGCGAUUCUUGCAGGGGUCUCCUUCUUUGCCCUUGGUUGGAUCAUCAAGGGCUCCAAUCCUCUCCCCUCUUUCCGCCACGACGACAAUUCCUCUCCCUCUUCUUCUUCUUCUUCUUCUUCUUCUUCAUCUUCAUCUGUUGACGACACCCACAAACCCCACCGUUCAUGAUUUUCCCCUUCUGGGUUUGGUGAGUUUUUCUUUCGAUUCCGUGGAUGCAACAUCAGUAAGGAGGAAGACUUGGCUAUUCCAACCACAGGUGUAACGGCUAGAACUUUUGUCUGGUUUUGGUUUUGGUUCAUAGUGCAUUGCAAGUGUUCUAAUAUACUUUCAUCUAAAUAACAGACUUCAUCUGUAUGUUUGUGGAGCACCAUCGGAUAUGCUGUAAAUAUUACGCUGUGCCUUCUUUAUUUUUAUUUUUUAUUUUUUGUUUUUUUGUUUUGACGCCUUGAAGAGGCUGAUGGAUGUUACAGUUUGCAUUCUGGACUUUAGUUAUUGUAUUCUAUAAACUCAAAACAAUAAUAAAUACAUGGUCUGGUUGCUUUA